GCCGGGUGAAGCCGAGUAAAGCCGAGCAUCAGGAUCAGCUGACUGCGGCGUGCCGUCCUCAGAUGGAUCGUUCUUGAGCUGUUUUAACGGACCAAACACAAUAUCAGCCUCUGAUCGAUCGGUGAACGCAGACAUGCCGUCGCUACUCUUCUGCGGGCCGAAGAUGGCCGCAUGCGGGAUCGUGAUCAGCAUCUGGGGAGUCAUCAUGCUGGCCAUGUUGGGGAUCUUCUUCAGCGCCAAGUCAGCUGUGCUGAUCGAGGACGUGCCGUUCACCGAGGAGGACAUACGCAACGACAAAUCCCCUCCCGGGAACAUCUACCGCCUCUACAACCAGGUGGGUAUCAACUGCUUCAUCGCCGCCGGCAUCUACGUGGUGGUGGGCGCCAUCUCGCUCUGCCAGGUGCGCCUCAAUAAGCGGCAGGAGUACAUGGUGACAUAAAGGGCUGGGGCGCCACGGCCUGACCGACGACCCCAACAACUCGCUGUCCUGAGAAAGUCCACCUUCAGACUGAGCUACCACUUGUUCCUGGACACUUUGAUUAUCAACGUACAAUAAAUGGGUGGGGUUAGGAGUCGCCUGGAAUAAUUUAUUUUGAAUUUAAAUGUGUUUGUUGAUGUUGAAUGAAAUGUGGCAAUCUUCUGAACUUAGUGAAAGCGACCAAAUUCUGAACUGCUUUGGUUCAAACUUCACAUUUUUGCUGUGAGACAACAUAUCAGAUUGGUUGCUUUUUUUUUUUCUUCUUGUCAUCUUCCAUCAGUUCAGUUGGUAUUUCCUCCUGCUGUUUUCUGAAGUAAAAUAGAUAUAGGAGUGGGUUCUGUGUGGUAAUGUGGAACAAUGUAAAUUGAUCAAAAACCUUGUAAUGAACGUUCCUUGUCAAUAAAGUGUAUGUGGUGGAAACUUGAA